AUGGCCGACAGCCGAGGCGGCCGACGGCGAGGACGGGUGCCUGCCAACACGCUCGCUGAUCCGAUUGUGGCAGACGAGUUUCUGGCGGUGGGGCAAGGCGAAGAUGCGGCGAUGGAGAGCGGGCAACGGAUGGUCGAGGCUGUGGAGGCGAAGAUCGGGUCCGUCCUCUUUGCCUGCCUCCUCGGAUCGCGCGGAUACAACGUGGCCCUGCCCGAGUCGGACGCCGACAUGGUCAUGGUUGCUGCCUUUGAAGCUGAGAGCCAUUGGGGCGUCGAUGCCCCGCUCCCCACCGUCCACCAUGCGCUGCCGGACCAGAUCGCCGACUACGUGGUGUACGACGUGGCUGCCUUUGCCGACCUCGCCCGCUCCGCCGACAUGCAUGCGCUCGAGCCGCUCUUCCAGGUCCCGGCCAUGGUCGUCCGCACAAGCCCACCCUUUGCCGCCCUGGCCGCCAGGCGGAGCGAGCUUCUCCUUCGUGGCGACGGUGGCCGUGCCGUCGUCGCCAAGUGCGUCUCCGAGGCGCUCGGCCGCCGCGGCGCGGCUCAGACCGACGCCCUCUUUGCCAAGCUGGCCGUGACCGAACCCGGGCCCAAGGCCGACGGCCUCCGUGACAUGCUCCGCAAGAAGCUCUACGUACAGGCCGCGCUGAUGGCGCGUGCGCUCUCGGUGGCAGACACCGGCGAGCUCACCGUCUUCCUCCCGACAUCCUCGCCGGCACAGCUCUUUGCCGCCGGCAUCCGCAGUGGUGACGUGCCGCUUGACCUCGCCCGGGCUCGGAUCCGGAGCAUGGUCGAUGAGGCCACGGCCUGGCUUGGCCCUGAGUGUGAUGACGGGCUGCAGAGUGCCGGCCUGCCGGACGAGCUGGACACAUGGCUGGCCGAGUGGGUCGUGGCGACGAGGAUCUCGCACGGCUUCAGCGACGCAACCAUGUCCGCAGCCGGCCGCGGGCCCGGCACCAUCGGACGAGUGGCGACCGUUGCCACUGCCGACGGUCGAUCGCUGGAGCUUGUCCAGGCCUCUCCCGCGGCGAUGCUCCGGGGUGAGCCGCUGAAGCUUGCUGACGGCGCCAUGGAGAUCGGCGCGUUUGCCAAGGGCGUUGUCGAGCAGAGCGUGCCGUGGCUCAUCGGGGUGGUGGCGGCGAGCAGUGGCGGUUGCUCUCCGGAAAAUCCGCUUGCUCCUUUCAUGGCCGACUGGCUCGAGGUUGAGGCAGCUACCGCAGCAUGGAACGCGCUCGUCGGCGCCGCCAAUGUGCUUUACUCCGACGUGACCGGCAUCCGAGCUGCCGGCGGGCGGCGGCAAGACCUGCCACCGUUUGUCUGGCUCACUGGUGAGCGCAUUGCUGUCCUGGCUGUGCUGUGGGAGUGCGCGACGCGGUGGGCAUGGCUGGCCCCGGCCGCCGACGUUGUCGCAGCAGCCGCACGCGCGCUUGCGGCAGACGACGCGCCUUCCGCCUUUGGCGUCGUCAUGGACGAGGCUACCAAGACAGUCCUUACGCCACUGCUCCGGCAGCACUCGCGCCGCCUCCGCGAUGCCGGCGCCCGAGAGGUGUACAUGAUCGAUGCCGGCAAUAAUGGCUGUGGCAUGUGCUCCAUCGACGGCCUCUGCCGCGAAGUCGCUCCGCCCGACCGUGGCGCCCGCCCGCGAUGGUACCGAUCAUGCCCGGCAUGGGCUGCCACCCCACCCGCCUGCGUCCAGCUGCGGAGCCUCGCCCACGGCUCGAUGGUCAACGACACACUCCCUGCCGAGUCAGCGACUCGGCAGCAAUCCCGCGAUCACAUCUGGGUUGUCAACCUGCCGUCCAAUCUGAUUGCGCUCGAUCUUGCUCUCUCCACUCUUGACUUGGCCGCAGACAUGCUUGCCUCGUAUGAUGUGGCGCCGUCGACGGCACUGUUCAACGCCUCGACGUCACGCCUUCAGCUCACCGCAAGCCAUCUCGCCGGCCUCCGCUGGCCCAGCACCGUCUUUAUUCGCAUCCGUCCGCUUACUCCCGCCGCCGUCGACUACGCCAUCGCUGCGCAGGUCGACUCUCUCCCGCCGCCGCCCUCUGCCGAGGUCCUUGCCGAGUACUCGUCGUCCAACAGCGAGACCCGGUCUCGUCUAGUCAUCCUCAUCGUGGCAGUUGCCGCCCUCACCCUCAUCUGCUGCGCCACUGUAUUUGCCGCCUGGUGGGCGACCGUAGCAACGUCGGUGCCGGCCUCUCCCGCACCGACAGCAGCGCCCAUCCUGUGGCACGAGCGUUCGCUGCCCUUUCUUCCAUCGGCACUCUUUCUCGUCGCCGACCUCUCUCGCGCCCGCAAAGGCCUUGCCGCCGCCACCGUUCACCCUGACUCGGCCGGCACUGUCGUCCUUGUCCACCCCCGAUACGCACCUGCUAUCGCCUCCAUCCUCUUCCACCGUGAUCUCGGCACCGUUGGCGAUCUUUGCGCCUCCUCCUUUGCCACCUUUCUCGACUCGACCUCGAGCACUUGCACCGACGCAUCUCCAACACCAUGGUGGGGCUGGGUCUACCUGCUCGUGCCCUACGCCACUGCCGCCGCCACCGCCUUCUUCACCUUUGCUAUCUACGACUCGGUCCAGGCUAAGCGCCGCCGCGCCACCGCCACCGCCACCGCCGCCGCCGCCGCCGCCGCCACCACCGCCAACGACGCCGCCGCCGCCAUCACCAACGACGCCGCCACCGAUCCCGCCAUUGCUGCGUUCACCGCGCGACAGCUCUCACAAGCCUCGCGCCAGUCGAUGGCCUUUCUCCGAUGGAACUUUCUUGUCACUCUCUCGUUUAUCAUCCAUUGUGUGCUACUGGCGGCACCAAGGAUGUUCUUCCCGCCCUCAACGCCAUCGCCAUCGCCAUCGCCAUCGCCUAUGUCUCCCAUUCCGUCGCUCUUUGCUUUCUUUCAUCUUGACGUCCUUGUUUACGUCAAUGCCAUGCAUGCUGUCUUUGUUGUCGGCGUCGCAUCGCUGUUUUACCACUCGCGACGGCUGCACUACUGGUGGAUGCAGGUAGUUGGCCACGCGUUUGUCACUGCUGCUGCAUGGGCCUCGCUCGCAGACCUGCUCAUCGGCCCCUUUGCUUACGGUUGCCCCGGCUGGCUGCCGGCGCUCUUUGUAACUGUGGCGCAUGUGAGCCUCGCCACUACAUGCCUCACCCAAGCUCUCCGCAUCCGCAACGUCAUCAGCCCGCCCGACCACGAGUCGGAGCGCGAUCUUGCGGUUGCUUCCGCCCUACAGACUGCCCCGCCGCAGCUACUUGCUCUUGCGCGCCAGGCCCGCCUGGCGGUCGGUCUGCAGUCCGCAUGGUACGUCGUCGAGAUUCUCGCCACUCCGCUUGUGGCCCGCAUCGUCGGCCCAGCCUCGGCAAUGGCGCUCGCAUCGGCUGCUUCCUCACCCUGGGCCUUUGAGCUCGCGCUCCGUGCUCUAGUCGAGGGCUACAACGGCGCCAUCCACAAGGCCAUCGUCCUCUCGCAAGGCUGCCACGCUGUCACCGCGCUACGGCCCGCACUGCUGCAGGUCUUUAGCUUUGCCAACGGGCUCUUUACCGCCUACUACGCCGUCCAGCUUGCCGCAACUGUCCAUGCUGCCGUCGCCACUCCUUCCCGCUGUGACCGAGUAUUAGCUCUCAACGCAUGUGCACUCGGCCUGCGAGUUGUUAUUAACGCCGUCGCCACCUGGCGAUGUGUUGCCCUCCGUGCCGCCGUUAUCUGCCGCUUUACUCAGGCAUCUGUCCCGCACACCGUCGUCGGGCCUGGCACUGACGUUGUCCGCGGGCGGUCACUGCUGACAAUGGCACGCGCGCUGGCAUCUGCCAAGCUCCAUCGCCCUGCAUGGCGCACCGCGCUGGCGGGCUUGGCCGCAACCUUGCUUUUCGGCCUAUGGCAGGGCGAGUGCAUCGCCAUUGUUCUUGCUGGCGCUCGAGCUGGGGCAGCCCCGCAGGGCCUCGCCCUCGCCCUCAACUUUGCCAUCCAUGCCGUCGCCCUCUACCACCUGCAGUUCUUCAAGAUUGCCGAGUCGCAGAGCGUCUUUGCCAACCGUCGCCGGCUGCACUACUGCCUCGCUGGGCUUCUUGCGCUGGUCUCGAUCUCGCAAGCGACAUCCAUGCUUAUCUCGUGGCCGACUCGCAGCGAGCUCUGGUUCCGCUUCGCCACCGCCUUUGUCGCCCUCCGCGGUGCUCUUGCUGCCGGUCUUGGUCUCGCCUUCUUCUUCCUUGACCUCUCGCCGGCAUCGGACCAGCCAGCUCGCGAGCGCGAGGCUCUCGUCGCUCUUCUCGACUACUCGAGCUCGGACUCGGACGCGCCGCCUGGCCCGGAUCCGUUGUCGGCGCUCGCCAUUGCGCUUCCGGCCGCAAACACCCCAACAACCUACACCGAGGACGAGGGCCAGGCCAUGCUGGAUGCGGCUCCUGUGCCGGCAGCUGCCGUUGUGCGCCGCCGCGGCGUCGGUCUUGCGCUUCUCUAUGCGCUCCUCGCGCUCUUUUGUGUCGUCGCGUUCAUCAACGCCGCGCUCGCCACGCCCUGUGACUUUGGCGCCGCCGAGGCCCAUGCCGGCGGCUACGGCGUCAUCUUCCACUUUGCCUUUCUCGUCUCCGGCUUUGGCUACCGCGGCGUCCGGUACUUUAACACCACCAACCUCGUUGUCGUCGGCCUCAACUCGGGCUCGUUUGCCGCCAUCAACGCCGCUCUCGCCGUCCUCGCUCACCCUCCGCUCGCCGUCGCCGCUCUCGCCGCCGCAUCCGCAUUUGUCGGCGCCGCUGCUUCGGGCUACGGGUGGUCACUUCGCGCCUGGGUGCUCCGCCACAGCCUCCCAGACAUCUCUCCAAUCUGGUGA